AUGGCAUCCUCAGGGGUGGGAGGCGACGCCAGCGUCACCCUCACACUGGCUGACACUCAGGGCAUGCUUUCCGGAGGCCUGGACACAGUGACGCUCAACAUCACCUCGCAGGGUCAGCAGUUCCCAGCACUGCUCACCGACUCGUCCCUCUCAGGCCGGGGCAGCACCGGAUCCCCGCAGGGCAGCCCGCCCGAGAAGGAGGGCCGGGCGCACCCGUGCCUGGAGUGCAGCCGGGCCUUCUCGUCGGCCGCCAUGCUGCUGCAGCACAACAAGGAGGUGCACGGCCGGGAGCGCAUCCACGCCUGCCGCCUCUGUGGCAAGGCCUUUAAGCGCGCCACACACCUCAAGGAGCACAUGCAGACACACCAGGCCGGCCCAUCCUUGAGCUCCCAGAAGCCACGAGUGUUUAAGUGUGACACGUGUGAGAAGGCGUUUGCCAAACCCAGCCAGCUGGAGCGACACAGCCGCAUCCACACAGGGGAGCGUCCGUUCCGAUGCACGCUGUGUGAGAAGGCCUUCAGGUGCACAUGA